GGGGCGCUGCCUUGGGAAGUUGGGGCGAGGCGCGCCGGGUAUGCGCCAUCACCAUGUCCAGCCUGAGCUCGUGGCUUGGGGGGGUCCAGUGGCUGGUCUUGGUGUCGCUCUUCGUCGUGGCCCUGGGCACGGUGGGCCUGUACCUGGCCCAGUGGGCGCUGGCCAGGGCGCGACCCCGGUCCCCGCGGCGGGCUGCCGAGGCUGGCGACGGCCGGCGCCCCGAGUCGGACGCGCUGCUCGCCUGGAUGCUGACGCGGAGCAGCUGGAGGAGCCAGUGGCAGGCCGCCUGGGUGACCGCCCUGAACGAUGAGGCCAAACGGAAAGGGGGCCCGCUGCUCCUGUCCUUCGAGGAGGACCCGCGGCCACAGCCCCUGGAGCUGGUGGUGCAGCAGGUCUCCAGUGUGGCCAGGUCAGCCCAGGAGAAGGUGGUGUCCUGUCACGUGGUGGGGGAGGCCGCACAGCUCCUGGUCAGGGCGGGGCGCGCCUCCCCGGAAGCCGUGGGCAGCCAGCUCUACUGCGUGGGGCUCUCCCCGUUCCAUCUCCAGCUGGAGCUCCACAUGAGGGAGAAGAGCGACGACAUCCAGAUCAAGUGGUCCUUCGUCAGCACUCCGGAAACGGCCAUUACCGUCCAGCCCAAAGCCCCGGACGAGCAGGACCGGGUGGCCGAGACACAAGCAGUGUCUGAAACCCUCAAGGAUAUCUUGAAUCACCUGGUCGGUUCUGCCUCGCCGUCGCUGGUUCUGAGCACCAAGCCUGUGGAUGUGAGGGAAGCUCAGAGCCUGCGGCACACCUCAUCCUGCACUCAGGAAUCCUGCCCACCCAAACCUCCGAGGGCCCAUGAGCUCAAGCUGUUGGUGAAGAAUGUCCGAGCGUCGCUGCUGCACGGCCCUGGUGCUCCAGGCAGCGUUAACCCACAGUGCGUAGUUCGGCUGGAUGAUCCCGUUCAGAAGUUCAGCGCCCUCGCGAAAAACGCCAUGGACCUCACCUGGGAAGAAGAGUUCACGUUUGAGUUGAAUGCCAAAUCCAAGGAGCUGUACCUGCAGAUUUCAGAGGAUGAACAAUCACCAGAAGCUCGGCGGGCGACUGCGACCAUCCCUUUAGAUUUGUUCAAGAAGCAGCCGGCGGGGCCCCAGAGCUUCGCGCUGACCAGCGGCUCGUCCUUCGGCAGCUUGGUGCUGGGUUCCGUCACCGCAGAGUUUUCUUACAUAGAGCCCGGCGAAGUGAAAUCCUGGCAGGCUCCCCCGCCCGUGCCGGCCGCGAAGGUGGAAAAAGACCGCACGGUGAUGCCAUGUGGGACCGUGGUCACGACUGUCACUGCCGUGAAAACCAAGCCUCGCUUUGACACGGGGAGGGCGUCCCCGCUGAGCUCUGAGUCUCCUGUGAGGACACCUGUCAAGGUGAAGGUCAUCGAGAAGGACAUCUCUGUCCAAGCCAUCUCCUGCCACGGCGCUCCCGUCAGUAAGACGUUCUCUUCUUCGGACACAGAGCUCCUGGUGCUGAACGGCUCGGACCCCGUGGCCGAAGUUGCCAUCCGCCAGCUCAGCGAGUCCUCAAAGCUGAGGGUCAAGUCUCCGCGGAAGAAGAGCACCAUCAUCAUAUCGGGGAUCUCCAAGACCUCCCUAUCUCAGGACAGUGCCGCUGCCCUCAUGCUGGACUACACGGCCUCCACGGACAGCACCGGCCAGGAGCACACCCUGUCCCCCGCGGGGGCGGCCGCCGGGUCUGCCCUGCCGGAGGAAGAGGCCCCCUCCCCUGCCCCGCUGGCCCCGGAGCCCCAGGAGAGCGAGCUUGGCUCCUGGGACCUGGACCCGGAGCCACAGGCCCCGCUGGGGCUCGAGGGGGACGAGCUGUCGGAGAGCUCGCUGAGCGUCUCGGAGCCGGGCGCCGCCAAGAAGCAUAAAGGAGGGAUUCUGCGGAAAGGCGCGAAGCUGUUCUUUCGCCGGCGGCACCCCCAGAAGGACCCUGGCAUGAGCCAGUCGCACAACGACCUCGUGUUCCUGCAGCAGCCGGAGGGGGCCCGGAGGAAGGGGGCCACGCUCACCAGGAUCCUGAACAGGAAACUACGGUCCAGGCAUGGGAGCAAGAGCGCCAUGAACGGGGCCCCGCUGGACCCUGUGGCCGGCGGCCUCCCCCUGCCCCACCAGGAUGCCGGCCGACGCAUGCCCGCCUAGCCACCCCCGGGACGGAGGAGAGUGCCUGGAGCCAUCAGCUGGCCGCCCCCGCCUAUGCCAUCCUGUCAAGGCUGGGUCUCCAGGGGCUUUGCCCAGAGAAAAGUCGUGAAGUCCGACUUGCCAUCAGAUGCCAAAGCGGACCUGAAGGCACUGCCACACGGGCCGUGCCCAGAACUGAAGUUAAAUAUUUAGACGAUUUGCAUUAGGAACUAGAGAACAUCCUGUAAUGGACAGGGACAGGGCCGGUUUGAGGGGACUCUCAUCUCCCCCACUCUGUGCUCCAACAUGUAUUCUCUUGGGUCUGUGCCUGGACCGCGUCUGCUGUCACUGUGAAUGGAACAGACGGGUCACCUCUCCUGACUGGCUGCUCAGAGGAGCACAGCGCGGCUGGCCUUGGGUGCGGAGAGGCGGGACGAGGUGGGUUUUGGGGUCAAUAGAGAAAUCGAGGUAUUGGAGACACUGUGACAAAGGUAGAAACAUAGUUGCCUUUGAUAGUAGCCAUAUAACUUGAAAAGUAUACAAACACUAGAUCUAUCCCAUGCACAUGACCUUGAGCACUCCUGUAUGUUUCCGUUGCUAGUGGGCGACCUGUAAACUCCCAUGAGCUUUUCCCAGUCUCCUCUGUGGUUUCAAAAGGGCCCAGAAUACCCAUGGCGUAGUCAGCAGGUGGCUUUUUUCCCACCACCUCGCUCCCCUGCUGGGUACUUGUUAAACAGCGCGGGGAGGGACCUCUGGAAUGAAGUCGGGGGCAGUGCCCCACGCAGGCUUGCUUUCCUUUGGGCCAGGGUUAGUUUGCCAAAUGUUGCCAGUAGUUGAAACAAAGGACUUCUGGGACAAAAGAGAAGCUCUCGAGGUGUCACGUGUGAGUCUUAGGGAUGCAUUUAAUAGGAACAAAUGAGCCAAACGUUCGUCACACUGUUCCGGGAGCUCUGAGGACCGGCCGGGGACAGUGCUGGAUGCGUUCGGCGGGGGAGGCGGGGCGCUUGCUCUGAUUUCCAGGGAAAAACAGAUAAAUGUGGCGCACAAGGUGCGCACCCCCUGUGCCCUUCAGGCCACGUUCCUCACCUGCGCAUCUGUCCACGGGCUUGCACGCUGGCCCGUGCCUCCUGGAGUGGCCACUCGGCGGGGACAGGCUUGCUAGGGCCGAGGUCGUCCGUGUGACAGGCUCUGAUGCUUUAGUAAGACUAGCUUUCUUCCAAGAAGAUUUAAAAGGCCAUCGCGGAGCCUUGACUUUUGUCAUGGGUGUGAUAGCUCUUCCUACAAACACUCUUGUUCGUCCUGAAACUCGUACUUCAGGGGGAAGAGCCACGGCCAAACAGAAACCAUUUUGAAAACCAAAAUCAUCAAACUUACCCCCCCCUUUUUUCUCGAGGGAGAGAUUAGAAGACUACAAUAAAAAUUGUACUGAAAAAUACACAUUUAAAAAAUCUCUCGGUGUCCCAGGAAUUAAUCAAAUGACUGUAAAACAGCUUUCUUCACCAUCUGCUGUUCCUAAGACAAUGUUCGGGUCCUCACCGUAAAGCACCUUGUGGCCUUCGGGACGUGUGGGUCCCGGGCGAGUCCCCCAGGCUGGUAACCUCUGCCCGGCUCCGGGGCGCAGAGGCCCCUUUGUUCUGUCGGAAGGACUGUUCCUCCUCGUGUGGAAGGCGGGGCUUGGGACAUUCACGAUUACGCGUAAGAAGGCCUCAAGUGUCAGAAUUUCAGGCCCCGAUCGGAAGUUCUUAGUACAGUUUUCUGUUUGAUUUUGCAGCUCAGUUUAUUCUCUGUGACGGUAUCAGAGCUUUACUCAAGAGCUUUCAGCUCGCCAAGAAAAGGAAGCGUCUCCGCCAUCCCCAGCCCCGAUCAACCCCACGAGGGUUUUGUUCACCGAUUUCACUUUUGUGAAGCAGGCUCUGGUUUCUCCACUUCCCGGUGACUUGAAGCCCCUUGCGGGUCGCGGGCAGGUGAUAGGCGGGCUGCCUCUGUCCCAGGAGUGAAGCAGGACCGUCACAUGCGACGGGGAGCGUGCUGUGCGGAGACCCAUGUGUCUGUGUGUCUGUCCGGCACACGUCAAGGUCCAGAGGCCCCUCAGGAUGCACACACGUUUUCUCCAGCCGAGGGCCUUUCCCGAAGUGACAGAGGACAGGGUCGUGGCAGUGUGGGGCGGAAGGGCGCGUGAGGGCCGUGCUGUGAAAACGGGCCUGUUGAUACUGCGGUCGCUUCGUCCAUGGCCGCUUCCCAGGCCUGUGCUUUCCUGGGUGGGGAUUUACGUGACCGUGAGCGUUGUGAAGUCAACACGGGGUCCGGCCACGAGACGAGUACUACACAGAGCAGUUCAGAAAGCACCUUAUUCCCUUCCCUUGGGCGUCAGCGGCAGGAGGCCUUUUGUGUCUGUCUGUCUUCGUGACAUUCUUCUCAAUGCUGGGCUGUGAACGGGUCAUCUACGCGUCAGGAACCAGAUGCUCACGUUGGUUCUGGUGCGCUGGGCACACUGCCCGGGGUUCAGGACUGUGCCCGUGAUCUUUGCAGAGGCUCACAGGGAAGCCCUGAGUGUGAGAGUGUGUGUGUGUGUGUGUGUGUGUGUGCGCGCGCGCGCGUUAUUAAUGUAGCAAUAAGAGAAGCAGCGAUCUCAGUGUCCCAGCUGAAAACCCGCUGUGAGGAAGAAGGUUGAGACAGAGCACUUUAUAUAAACCGAGCCUCAAGGUUAAGUGGGAAAGCCAGCCCUUGAUUCCUCCCGAUGGCCACCUGUCCGGCCACUGCCCGCCAGCCACACACUGGGGGCCUGUCUCGAUUUCCGAUUGGUUUUACUGGAGAGAGCUGGAGCUGGCAGAUUCUCUUCUGGGGCAGAAGGGACAGAUUAAUUCCCACUGCUGCCACCAGCUGUGUGUGGGGGUCUUCUGGGUAACCGUCUCUCGUCUUGUGGUCUUGACACCCCACGACACAAGCCAGCGGUCACCGCAAGCCUGAACAUUUCUUUCCGCUGGGUGGGAAACGGGUCUCGCACUGGCGUAGACCCGGAUGCCAUGGCCUCUCUCUGCCACCGCACACCUGCUCAGGCCUGAUCACCAGAGCGUGUGGCACGGACACACUGGCACUGCUGCCUCCUGCAGAGCAGACUCGGGUCACAUCCAGGUCCUUUCCUUCAGCGUUCCUGUUAGACGUGCGAGGAGGCAUCGGAGCACAGCGGCCUGCCCGGUCCCCCGGCCCCCCAGCGCCCAGCCGCUCGGCGAUGUGCAGCUUAUAAUUUAGGCUUGUGGUUUUUCACCUCCAGUGUCACAUCAAAGCUACAAUUAAAUAAAUAAAACGGAAGGUUUUCCAGGUAUGUGGCGGGGUCUGGCUUAGUGGUCAAGUGUGGGGAUGAAUCUACUGUAUCACUCGGAGCACUUUAGAGAUGCGUCACUUGCUGUUGGCACCAAACCGCGGAAGGUGUCGCUGGGUCUCGAGCGGUCUCUGAACGAAAUAAACAUGCACACGGAACACUAA